GUGAGGAAGCACGGCUGCUUCGCCGAGAAGCUCUCGCUGGGUCCAGCGCACGUCAAGCCUGGGAGGAGCUCUUAAAGGCAGCUGAAGGCGUCCAGCAACCGCUGAGCUUCAAGAGCAGCCUGCGACAGUGCAAGGUGGGUGCUCCGCCGAAUUCAUCGACGGACAAACUUCUCCACCUCGCGAACGCGCAGAGGGCACUGCGCGAGGUUAAGCACAUCCUCGCCGAGCACGAUGUCCCAGUGAUACUCCUCGGCGGGCUGCUGCUGGGCUUCCGGUCGCACUGUAUGGCCACGGACGUGGGCAUGGACAGUGAUGUGGCCACCUUCGGGCCGUGGAUCCAGGCCGCUGGCAUGCCUUCGCUCCAGGAGGCCUUUCGCCGCCGGGGACAUAAGCUGGAUGCGAGCCUUUGCCAGGCGGGCCCCCUUCGCAGUGGCUGCACGCUGUCAGCAGUUUUGGAUGGUCCUGGGCUCAGCGGCCCGACACCGAGGAUCCAUAUCCACGUACUGUUCUCCGCGCCCGCGCCUUCUGCCACAAGCCUCCCCGGCCGCUUCCUGCAGUGCGCCAGCGCUUGCGGAAGUGGCUGUGCCUCGUGCGACCUCGCCUAUGCCUUCCGAACUGAGUCCUCUCAGCAGCAGGGCCGUUUCUUCCCCUGCCCGCUGCCCAUUCACAACUUUGUGCUGGCAACCUGGAUGAAUGAAACUUUCUGGGCCCCUGCGGAGACAGAUCUCUACCUCCAAAGCGAGUACGGAUCAGAUUUGCCACUGCCGGAUGCGGCCCCGCACCGUGGGUGCUCGGACAAACCGGUGGCUCCGUAUGACUCCUACUUUUCAGGCCUGCCCGGCGGCAUUGAGGUAAUGCAAAGGCAGCACAUUGUCGAGAGCAAGCACGCCAAGCGGAUCGCGAAGGCAGCUGUUCAUGAUCGGCAGCUGUGGCGGAAGAGAUUCCCCGGUGAUGCUUCCCUCUCAGAAAUGGCCCCCUGGCAGUUUCCGCAAACGCCGCAAGCGACCAGAGUUCAAUGGCCGAGACCACAGCUUGCGACUGCCGUGCUUCCGUCUCUGUCGGCAUUGCUUGGUGUACUCGCGGCAGGGGUAUCCAUCCGCACCAUCUGGGCAAGCUCUAGCAGCAGUGGACUGUUGCAGCUGAUCUGGCAUCAGUCCUUCGACGGUGCUGCGCUCAGCCUGUAUGUGGCCCUGAUCCUCGUGCUGGCCUUUCUGCAAUCCCUGGCAGCUGCCAAAGGUUCUGAAGCUCUGGCAGCCGCCGUGCUGUUCGAAGCUGCGGAGCUGCUUCGGGCUGCAGGCACCGCCUGGGCAGGUGGGCGGCUCUCCUUAUGGAGGUCCCUGUGCACCUGCCAGCCGACGAGGCUGGGACGCGUUCCUGUGUGGAUGCUCACCGCUCUCCCGGGCGUUGCCGGAGCAGUCAGCUGCUGGAUCUCCUUUGUCAGCCUGUGUUGGCUGGAUCCAGCAACUUACAUCCUGCUGACUCAGGCUUCCCUCUUGCUCGUGGAAGUGCCGGGGCACUGCUCCGAUGCAUUUCGAUCUUGGAGAUCUGCUUGCGGAGCUGCACUUGUCGCUUGCGCCUUCAUGCUGAAAGCUUCGAAGGCACUUGAGACUGCAGAUGCCGCGCUGGGCCGGGGUCUUCUUUGUGCUCUCUUCCAGGUGCCACUGCAUGCCAUGGCUGCAGCACCCUUGCCCAAGGUCGACGCGCCUUGGGAGCUCCUUUCCGCCAGCCGGCAUGCACAGGGACUGCUUCUCUUGGUGGCCUUGCUGUCCGGCUUCACCCCUCGGCCAUAUGCUUCUUCUUUGGAUGCCAUGGCUCAGGUCUUCAGAAGCCAAUGGCUGUUGUGUGCCGUGGGCUUCCUGCUGGCGACCUCCGCAAUCAAGGAGGUCUUGCUCCCACGAAUUUCCCCGCCAAUGAGGGAACUCGGCGUUGGUGGCUUGAUGCUGAAGGCCUCGACGCUUCAGUGGCUGCUGCUGUCCUGGGGAG